AUGCCUCUUGAUCAGGCUAAGCUCGCUAAGCUACAGGCACUCAGCGCCAACAACCGAACGGGUGGUAAGGGUACCCCCCGAAGGAAGGUUCAGGCCAAGAAGGGAACCGUGGGUGAGGACAAGAAGCUACAGGCCGCCCUCAAGAAGCUCAACGUGCAGCCCGUAUCUGGCAUCGAGGAGGUCAACAUGUUCAGGGAAGAUGGAAACGUGUUGCACUUCAAGCAGCCAAAGGUCCACGGCGUUGGCGCUUCCAACACCUACGCCGUCUACGGAGCUGGUGCCGACAAGGAGCUCACCGACCUCGUACCUGGAAUCCUCUCUCAGCUGGGUCCCGACUCUCUUGCCAGUCUGCGAAAGCUGGCAGAGAGCUACCAGGCCAUGAACGCUGCCAACAUGGGAGCACAGGGUGGUGCUGGUGGUGCAGAGGGUGACGAUGAGGUUCCGGACGUGCCAACCAACUUCGACGAGGCCGACGAGAAGAAGGACGGUGAGGAGGCAGACGUCGAGAAGCUCGACUAAAUCCCAGACGAGUGAGGGACGUAGAGAGGCUGGCGGGGCACACUGUAUACGAAUCUCGGUCUAGCUGGUUCGGGGAGGCAGGAGAAGGAAUCCUCUGCUCAUCUACCUUUGGGAUGUGGGAGGGGAACAGGCAGGACUACACAGGCGACGCGCCUGGGUGCUACGCUGGUCCUGCUCUUUCCUUUGCUCCCCCCUUUUGGUUGGAAUGCUCAGACUUUGAU